AAAUAUUUGCUUAACUGAUGGCAUUUCAUUAUAAUUUUUUGACAUGGACACAGUGUUAAAUAAAAAUGAUUUUAUUUAGUGACGGGAGUGAUCUUGUGGGAGUGGAGAAGACAGACGACAUAAAGUACCUCAGGAUAAUUCGCAACAUUCUAAUAGUGGUCCCGGGAUGGCCCGGCUACAUGCUCGGUCGGUCGAACCACCCAAUCUACUCCUCAUCAGUAUUCAAAGUCCUCAUAGUCAUGUUUCAACUGGUUUAUCUCAUUGGUGGAGCUUUGUACAUCAAAAUCAAUUUUGGAAAAAUCAGUUUCUUCAAAAUGGGACAGAACUAUAUAACGGUUGCCAUGACCGUAGUGUGCGUGUACAGGACCAUGUUAGUAUGGACCGAUAAUCAUUACGAGUUAUUCCGGAAAUUCCUAAACGAAAUUCAUUUGUUUACCUACAGGAAUCAGUCAGAUUAUCAUAUGAAGAUGCAUUUACGUAUUCAUAAGAUGAGCCAUUUCUACAUUGUAUACUUGAUAGGCCUAAUGCUGCUGGGAGAGUUUCUCUUUCAAGUGAUACCACUUAUGAACACAGUAAACAGCGGUGGGUUCCAAAGACCGACACCAGAAAAUGUUACGUACGACCUUGCAAUAUACAUCGCCCUCCCCUUCGAAUAUGAACACGAUUUCUCUGGUUUCAUGGUGGUACACAUCGUGAACUGGAUCGAAUGCUAUUUAGCAUCAAACUAUUUCUGCAUAAUAGACGCCUUCCUCGCCCUCCUCAUGUUUCAAUUGUGGGGGCAUUUGAAAAUAUUAGUUUAUAAUCUUGAAAAUUUCCCGAGGCCUGCGCCAAAAGCUGGGAGUGAGGGUUGCGAACGAUUCAGUCGUGAGGAAUUAGUGGUCGUGCGACAGAAAAUUAAGGAGAUCGUUGAACAUCACAACUUAAUAUUAAAAUACAUAGAUGAAGUAUCAAUUACCUAUGGACUUAGUAUAGCACUGAGCUACUCGUUCUACCAAGUCAGUGGCUGUGUUCUGCUUUUAGAAUGUUCUCAAAUGGAUCCAAAAGCAUUAAUGCGUUACGGACCUCUGACCUUAAUUUUGCUUCAACUCCUAAUACAGAUGUCUGUCAUAUUCGACCUCAUUGGCUCACAGACUGACCGUUUAGUAAAGGCGGCCUACUUUUUGCCAUGGGAGUGUAUGGACACCAGCAACAGACAAUCUGUCGGCAUUAUUUUAAAGCAAGUUCAACGACCCAUGGGACUCAAAGCCAUGGGGAUGGUAGAAGUCGGCUGUCGGACUAUGGCUACGAUACUCAAAACUACUAUGUCGUACUUCGUCAUGCUCAGAACGAUGAAGGGAAAAGUAAAAAUGCUUCUCUUCAGUGACGGAAGCGAUCUACGAGGUAUAACACGGACCCAAGAUAUAAAAUACAUGAAAUAUCUCCGUGGCACGUUGAGUAUCAUAGCAGCUUGGCCGGGAUACGUUAUAGGAGAGUCCAAAGGCAUCGGAGUGGGAUACAAAGUGUACAUGGAUGUCAUUGCUCUGGUCUCCCUGGUUUGUGAAGCCCUCUAUGUGCGACAAAAUGUGGGAAAAAUAAGUUUCUUCGAAUUAGGACAGACAUACAUCACAACAUCUAUGGCUGUCAUGUGCGCGUAUAGAACGUUGGCAAUAUGGAGAGAAAAUUACAGUGAAAUAUUCAAAAAAUUCAUAACAGUAAUCCAUCUAUUUAACCAUAGGAAUAAAUCAGCGUACGCCAUGAAGAUUCAUCUCUACGUCCACAAAAUGUGUCAUUUCUUUACUAUAUACAUGAUAGCGGUUAUGGUAUGGGGAAUAAUUCUCUAUAACAUCAUACCAUUAUCCAACACCAUAGCCGCAGGAGGGUUCCAGUGGCCACCACCCGAUAAUGUGACUUACGACGUUUCAAUAUUCUUAACCCUCCCUUUUGAUUACCAACACAGUCUAAUCGGAUACAUAGUAGUGUUUAUUUUCGACUGGUAUGAAUGCUACCUGGCCUCUUCUUUCUUCUGCAUAGUCGACUUGUAUCUCGCUCUAAUGAUGUUCCAUCUGUGGGGCCAUUUGAAAAUUUUAGUCCACAAUCUGGAGCACUUCCCCAGACCCGCGCCCAGACCAGACAAUAUGACCCAGAGUAUUGAGUUGUGUGAACGUUUCACGGACGAAGAAAUGCAAAUUGUGCGGCAGAAGUUGAAGGAAAUCGUGGACCAUCACAAUUUGAUUUUGAACUAUACAGACGAAGUAUCUGAGACCUUCGGCCUCAGUAUAGCAUUGAGCUACGCUUUCCACCAAGUGAGCGGCUGUGUACUACUUCUAGAAUGUUCGCAAAUGGAACCAAAGGCGUUAAUGCGUUAUGGUCCCUUAACGUUGAUUUUACUUCAACUGCUGGCCCAGAUGUCAGUCAUAUUCGAGCUCAUCAGCACAAUGACUGAUCGGCUGGUGAACGCCACUUACGACCUGCCUUGGGAGUUCAUGGACUCGAGCAACAGGAUGACAGUGCUCAUCAUCCUGAGGCAGAUCCAAAACCCGCUGGGACUCAAGGCCGUGGGGAUGGUGGAGGUCGGCUGCCGGACUAUGGCCACGAUACUAAAAACUUCUAUAUCGUACUUCGUUAUGCUGAGAACAAUGACAAUGAUGGAAUAGAAAUAUUAUGAUUAUUUUUCUCAUACCUUCACUUUACAAAAUGUAGUUACUCACCACAUAUACCACGGUUGCUUUUCAGACAAUUUUCUCAUUAUUUUUUUACUUUUUCACAUUUUACUCGUCAAUUUUCAUAUUUAUAAUUCACUCCACUUUGUAAUUCUAUAGUCUAUUAUACAGCUUAACCCAAAAAGGCGACGGCGUUAGAUUCGUCAAAGCGAAUAUUCGUUAGCUCUGGAAAAAUGUCAAUAUUAAAUAAAUGUAUCUUCAACAAA